UGCCAUGGCAGGGGCUGCGAGGGACACCCCGGCGGGCGAGCAGGAGGGCUACAGGCUCUCGAUGUGCAGCAAGAUCUGCUACGCCAUAGGAGGGGCCCCAAACCAAGUGGCAGGGAGUGCUGCUUCCUUCUUCCUGCAGAUCUACCUGCUAGACAUAGCCCAUAUUACUCCAUUUCAUGCCUCUUUGGUGCUGUUCAUUGGCAAAGCCUCAGGUGCAGUUACUGAUCCUGUUGCUGGCUUUUUUAUUAGCAAAAGUAGAUGGACAAAAAUUGGCCGGCUCAUGCCUUGGGUGCUGGCAUGUACACCCUUCACAAUAAUCUCCUAUUUUUUAAUGUGGUACCUGCCUCCGUUUGUCUCAGGAAGAGUUGCCUGGUACCUGACUUUCCACUGCCUUUUCCAAGCACUGACCACAUUAUUCCAAGUACCAUACUCUGCCCUCACCAUGUUUCUCAGCACGGACCAGAAGGACAGAGAUUCUGCAACAGCAUAUAGAAUGACCAUGGAAGUGCUUGGGACCUUGAUUGGAGCUUCACUUCAGGGGCAGAUUGUGGCCAGUGCUCAUGUCUCUCCCCACUGCACUGUGAAUCCCUCAGUAAACACCACUGACUCCUGGCAUGACACUCCCAGCAUUCCAGACCCCUCAGAUCUUCUGUCUCAUCAAGCAAAAGUUUACAUGAUUGCAGCAGGGGUCAUAGCAGGUGUGUAUCUCCUUGGAAUUGUCGUUCUUUUUCUUGGAGUAAAGGAAAGGGAUGAUCCUUAUGCCUUAAAUUCAGACAGAGCAAUUCCUUUUUGUAAGGGGCUUGCACUCACCAUGAAGCACGGUCCAUAUGUGAAGCUCACAGCUUCAUUUCUUCUCAUCUCGACAGCAGUUCAGCUGGAGCAGGGAAACUUUGUCCUGUUCUGCACUCAUGCUGCCGGCCUCCGCAAUCACUUCCAGUAUUUGGUGGUGACCAUCUUGGUAUCAGCAGUGGUGAGCGUUCCCUUCUGGCAGAAGUUUCUGCAGAGAUUUGGCAAGAAGUGUGCAGCAUGUGGGAUUUCGUGGAUGAUUCCUUUUGCAGUCAUGCUAGUGACCAUUCCAAACCUGAUCCUGGCUUACUUCGUGGCCUUCGUCUCUGGUCUGAGCAUUGCAGCAUCUCUUCUGUUGCCAUGGUCAAUGCUGCCUGAUGUUGUUGAUAACUUUCGCCUGCAGAAUCCCCACGGGAAAGGACAUGAAACCAUUUUCUAUUCUUCUUAUGUUUUUUUUACCAAGAUGUCAGCAGGAAUUGGCUUAGGAAUUUCUGCAGCAGGACUGGAGUUUACUGGGUACAAGCCAGGGAUAUGCAGACAGUCAGAUGAUGUGAUCCUCACACUGAAACUCCUCAUUGGAGCAGUCCCUGCCAUCCUCAUCCUUUUAGGUUUGUUCAUACUCCUUUUCUACCCCAUCACUGAAGAAAGUCGGAAAGAAACAAAGCUUGCCCUUGAAGAGUUAAGGAGGAGCCACCAAAGCACGGAGAACUUGGACAGCCACGAAAAGGACACCUCUGUCUGAAAGUUCUGAAUGCAGUAGCUUUCCAAAUACAGACUCGCAUCCCACCAACAACUCUGUGAGAGUUUUCUAGGUCAUUUCUCUGCUCACAUUUUACCAAAAAGGACAAAGGAUGAUUCUGACAUAGCCAGUAAUAAAAUGAAGAGAGGGCACCAUUGUGCAAAUAUGCACCUAACCCCAUGCACUGUGCUAAAAAAGACAUUACACGUGUUCAGAAAUGCAAGCUAUUGAAGGCUUGGGUAUUUUGUUUGGUUUUUUUCAAUGAUUAAUGGGAAGCUCUGAUCUUGUUCAUGGGAGAUUUUAUGCAUUUGUAACUUAAGAGGAAGAAAAAAGACCAGAGAAUCUUUGAAGGUUCUGAAUAGGCAAAUACCCUCUGAAGGGUCAUUGAGUCCAA